AUGUUUGGAUUCAAAAGUUCAAGUAAGAACAAGCGAAAGCCAGCAAAAAACCCGACACCAUCACUCAGUACAUCAAGUGAAACAAAACAUUUUCCUAAUGUUCCAAGCGUUUCACAAAUAGCGCCUCUUCCUCAAAAUAAAUCGCAUAGUAUUUUACCAGUGUUGAGCCUCGAUGGACGUGACGCACCAAGCUCCAUACAAUCAGAAGAAUCAGAGAACGAUUUAACAUCGAUUACAACAAUGCCCAAUAAUGAAAAUGGUCGACACUCGGUGGGUGUAUAUACAUAUUUACAAGAUCUGUUGAUCUUAUUUCAUCUUCAAAGUUUGUCCUUAUUACUACAGUAG